AUGGAUUAUAAUAACAACUAAGAAAAUAAAAUGAGUGGUUUAGAUUUGUAAUAUAAGCAGCUUUAAGCUGAAAAAAGUUAAAUAAAUGGUAUGUAAUUAGAUGCAACUAGGAAAUCCAUAGCUUAAUAGUACAGCCUAAAGGAUUUUAAUAACGGCAAUUAAGAUAAUAGCCAAAAUCCAUUUUCAUAUUAAUCCUAAAACAGAAUGUUUGCAUCAACUACCCUAUAUGAUAGAAACUCUAUGACAAACCUGCCAUAGCGUGCGAGCAAGUUAUAAAAAUCAGUCAUAUUAUUUGAUUCAGGUGUAACAUUGGGAGAUUUGGAAUAGCUGAAAAUUACAAAUAUGAAAGACAUUAAAAAAGAAAGCUAGAUUAUAGAUUAAGAAAUUGGAAAUGUAGAUGAUAAAAAAUUUGUUUCACUGAUAGCUGAUGAGCAAGUACAUAAGAGAUUAUCAAGUAGACUGAUUGAGUCAUCUCGAAUUCCUCGAUCAUCUAUAAAAGGAAUUAACAAGUAAGAUUCACUAAUUGCUUUAGAUACUACUUAUAAAUAAAUGGAUUAAAUUACAUUGCAAGAAUAACAUUCUAUGAAAUCGACUACUCAGUUCCGUAAUAAUAAGGUUCCAGAUAUAUCUACAAUUUAAGAGUAAAGCGAAGAAUUAGCUUGUGAAACUCAAGAAAAAUGCAAAUAAAUUGAGAUGUAGGACUAAUCAAAUAACGGUAAACAAUCAUCUUCACUUAGCAGUGAUAUCGAAUAAGAUAGUGAUGAAGAUAACUAAAUUGUUGAUGAUGAGCACGUUAGCGAAGAGAAUAAGAUUUAAAAAAUUCCAGUUAUGAAUGUUGCAGAAAAAAAUAUUGUUGUCUAUAAGCCAAACGAAACAUCAAGUUGUUAAGUUUAAAUUGGACCACUUCGUGAAAUGAAAGGAUACUUAAAAAAGAGAAGCCCUUAAUACAUAGUAGGCUGGCAAAAAAGAUGGUGUGUGCUUAAAGACUAAAAGUUGUUUUAUUAUAAAAAUGAAAAAUCAUUCAGAUAGUAUGGAGUUAUUUGCUUUAAUAUCAUAAGUUGUAGAGCUGAGCUUAUCGUAGGAAAAAAAUCAAAGACAAAAAAAAUAAUUUUAAGAUUUCCAAACCAUGAAAAAACAUUUACUUUUAAAUCAGACGAUCCAGAUCAACCCAUAGAGAUGUGGUAUAAUCAAAUAGUCAACCAUAUUGUGUAAUCACAAGGCUAUAAAAAAAACUUAAGAUUAGAAGCCAAAAGAUUUUGGAGAGAUGAAAGAAUAAGUUAAAAGGAGUUUAUUGAAUAAGCAGAUACUGGUGAUUUAAUUUUAUUUAGAGGUAAAUCUAUAGAAGCUAGACUGUAGAGAGCCUUUACUGGAAGUGAUUUUGAUCAUGUUGCACUUGUCUUAAAAUACUCAACUUCUGAUAUAUUUAUUAUGGAAGCAUUAGGAGGGAAAAUUGGUAAAGUGAUUUUAUUUAGAUGGAAUCUAUUUCAAAAAAAUAAGUGGUAUGAAUUUUAUGAUAAGAUUGUAUAUAGAAAAUUAAAUAUGAAUAGAACAAAUUAAGUUUUGACAAACUUAGAAAAGUUUAUUUAAUAUGCUCUAAACAAAAAAUAUAAAUUUACUUUGGGAAAAAUAAUGAGAAAGAAAACCAGUCAUAAAGAAGAGAGCGAUUAAAACGAAGAUAGAACAUUUUUCUGCUCAGAAUUAAUAGCUGCAUGUUAUAAAAAACUUGGAAUUUUAAAGGAAGAAACAGCAUCUUCUAGUUACUUACCAGGUAUAAAUUUGAUUUCAAAAUUAAAUUAAAAUUAUUUCUUAAAUAUAAAUAAAGGACAUUUUUCUUUAGAGAAAGAUUUGCAGCUCAAAAAUAACGCAUAAUUGUAAUAUGAAUAAGUAAUAGACUUCUCUAUGGAAUGA